UUGAGAGUGAAGCCAUAAAACUUCAAAAAGGAACAAGACAAAACCUUUCACCCAAAAAUAAUCAAAUCAUAAACUCGCGGACACACUCGAUUUCAUCAGAUGGGUAUUCUCUAUGCUUCAAUCACUGUGAAAAAUCCCAUCUUGGAAGCUCGUAUUCUGCUUCAAUGGCGGUGAUGAUGCUUAUGCGACAUUUGGGGGAGAAGAGAGAAGCUUUCUACUUUGUUUACGAAAUGGCGUCUUUCUUACUAUCAGCUGGGAUAGGAUCGUGUAGCCUUAACAAUGGCAUCACUGGAACAUGGAAAUUUCCUUCUGCCAUUUUUACAACUGGUAAGAACAAGACCAAACCUGGAUCUGAGAAACUGAUGGUUACAAGAAAACAUAUAUUGGGGGAUUUGGUUACAAGUGCGUUGCAAAGUUAUCGUUUGAGUAAGAUUUGUGCUUCAAAAACUUCUAUCGAGCUGAAGGAACCGGUAUCUACUAGAAGUGCUAAGGUCGAUGACUUAAAGAAGGCAACAUCCUAUUUGUUCAGGACGAAAUCUGGCGCUCUUGUUAAAGUGAAAGUUGAAAAGAAGAGAGAAAAGUACAGUAUUAUGGUGUUUGUCUCAUCGCUGGAGCUCAGUGGCGAUGACAAGAGUAGACUGGUGAUGGUUUGGGGUGUAUACAGGUCUGAUUCUUCGUCUUUCUUGCCUCUGGAUUUCGAAAACUCUUCUCAAGAUUCACAAACCCACACAACAGAAACUCCGUUUGUGAAAAGCUCCUUGUCCGAGUGGAUGCUAGGGCUAGAGUUUGAUGGCAAAGAAUCUCCUUUCUAUCUAUCGUUUCGGCUCAAGUUAGUGUCAGGAAAUGAUCCGAACGGUCUAGAAAUGCCGACCCACAGGGACGCAAACUUCUGUGUCCCGGUUGGUUUUACUGCUGGUCGUCCAUUGCCAUUAGGCCUUUCUUCUGGGACAGAUGAUGACUCGUGGAAUUUCGCAUUCUUUUCAAGGAACUCAAAGAGCGUGGUUUUAUGCUUGCAUGAUGAUAGCACAGCCGACAAACCUGCGUUAGAGCUUGAUCUCGAUCCUUAUGUCAACCGAACAGGUGAUGUUUGGCAUGCCUCGAUUGAGAAGACAUGGGAUUUUGUGAGAUAUGGGUACCGUUGCAAGGAAAGUGUUCACCCUGAAGAAGUCGACUUUGAAGCAGAGAAAAUUGUUUUGGAUCCGUAUGCCACAGUUAUUGGGAGAUCCGUCUCUCAGAAGUUUCUCGGAAGUUUAUUCAGAAACCCUUCUUUUGAUUGGGGAAAAGAUGUCUCUCCGAACAUACCACUGGAGAAACUCAUUGUUUACCGGUUGAAUGUAAAUGGUUUCACACAACACAAAUCCAGCAAGUUGCCUACUAACGUAGCAGGGACUUUUUCUGGUGUAGCUGAGAAAGUGAACCAUUUGCAAACCCUUGGAACUAACGCUGUUCUCUUGGAGCCAAUAUUUUCGUUCUCCGAGCAAGAAGGUCCUUACUUUCCAUUUCAUUUGUUUUCACCGAUGGACUUGUAUGGACCUUCCAAUGGACAUGAAUCCGCAGUUAACUCAAUGAAAGAGAUGGUAAAGAAACUGCACAGUCAUGGGAUUGAGGUACUUUUGGAAGUAGUUUUUACACAUACCGCUGAGUCUGGAGCUCUUCGCGGGAUUGAUGACAGUUCCUAUUACUACAAGGGAAGGGCUAAUGAUUUGGAUUAUAAAAGUUACUUGAACUGUAACUACCCUGUCGUUCAGCAGUUGGUUUUGGAGAGCCUGCGUUAUUGGGUAACUGAGUUUCAUGUAGACGGGUUUUGUUUCAUCAAUGCUUCGUCUCUCUUGAGAGGCGUUCACGGUGAACACCUUUCUCGUCCUCCUUUAGUUGAAGCAAUAGCUUUUGAUCCGCUGCUCGCGGAAACAAAACUAAUCGCUGAUUGCUGGGAUCCCCAUGACACGAUGAUGCCGAAGGAAGUACGGUUCCCGCAUUGGAAGCGAUGGGCGGAACUCAAUACAAGAUAUUGCCGAAAUGUAAGGAACUUUGUGAGGGGAAGAGGCGUUCUUAGCGAUCUGGCUACAAGGAUUUGUGGAAGUGGUGACAUAUUCACCGAUGGAAGGGGACCGGCUUUCUCCUUCAACUACAUUUGCAGAAACUCAGGACUCUCCCUUGUUGACUUGGUCAGUUUCAGUGGCCCUGAGCUAGCUUCAGAGCUAAGUUGGAACUGUGGGGAAGAAGGUGCGACAAAUAAAUCAGCUGUUCUUCAGAGAAGGCUAAAACAAAUCCGCAACUUCUUGUUUAUACAGUACAUUUCACUCGGAAUCCCAGUGCUCAACAUGGGAGAUGAAUGUGGAAUCUCUGCGAAGGGCUCGCCUUUGUUAAAAUCACGUAAGCCCUUUGAUUGGAACAUGUUGGCUUCAGCUUUCGGUACGCAGAUCACGCAGUUCAUCUCCUUCAUGACUUCCGUUAGAGCAAGGAGAAGCGAUGUGUUUCAAAGGAGAAACUUUUUGAAACCUGAGAACAUUGCUUGGUAUGCAAAUGACCAGACAACUCCGAAUUGGGAAGACCCUGCUUCAAAAUUCUUGGCAUUGGGGAUCAAAGCAGAGUCAGAGGAAGAAGAAACAGCGUCAUUGGUUGAGCCAACCAAGCCAAAGAACAAUGAUCUGUUCAUUGGGUUCAAUGCAAGUGAUCAUUCUGAGAAUGUAAUCUUGCCUUCGCUUCCCGUCGGAAGCAAAUGGAGGCGAUUGGUCGACACAGCUCUUCCUUUCCCGGGGUUUUUCUCUGUCGAGGGAGAGACCGUUGCAGCAGAAGAAGAGAUGCAGCAGCUGGUAUUGUAUGAGAUGAAGCCGUACAGUUGUACCCUUUUUGAAACCAUCAAAACGUGGCCUGAAAAAAUGAACAAAAUGAAUAACGGUUGCUGCUCAGAAUGUCGGAUUGAAUCAAAGAAGACGAAGAAAUCGAAGAAACUCAAAGAGGAGCCUGAUGAAGAGGAUGUGAAACAAAAACAGAAAGUUACAGAGGAGGCUCCGAAAACAGAUUCCAGUGAGGAAAAAGGAUCUCAGGGGACUUCAGAUGAGAAGAAGAAGAAGAAGAAUAAGAACAUCGUCACAUGGCAACACGAAAGUACAAAAAAAGACAAGGGUCACGGUAAAAACUUGUCAACAGAGCAAAACGGCGUUAACCGGCCUUCCUUCAGCGCCAAGUCAAUGAUGUACAAUGGUGGGCCCAAUCCUUCAAACCGGUGGUCCAUGUCCGCAGCCCCGGGAGGCUAUUAUCCGCCAUUUUCUAGGGCACCAAUGUAUGGUGGUGGUCGUGCUCCAUUUCAACCAUACCAAUCCAUGAAUCCAGCCACAAUGUGUGGACCGUUUGGUGGUGGUCGUGCUCCGUUUCAACCAUACCCGCCAAUGACUCCAGGCGCAAUGUAUGGACCGUUUGGUGGUGGUCGUGGUCCAUUUCAACCAUACCCGCCAAUGACUCCGGCCCCAAUGUAUAAUGGAGCUCACAUUUCACCAUAUCCGCCGAUGGCUGCACCAGUUUUCCCUCCCUAUGAAUGGCAAUCCAGACAGCUCAGGGAUGCUAAUCCUAUGACGCGUUACACUACCUACCUAGACAAUUACUCUUAUCUGACUUUGUCUUGA